UACCACGCGCGCAGGUCACAAACCAUGGCUAAAAAAGUCCUCCUCGUGAGCACCAGCGCCGGCCAGAUGGGCGAGCACCCGACGGGCCUCUGGAUCUCCGAGCUCGCGGAGCCGCACACGGUCUUCACGAAGGCCGGCUUCGACGUGACGAUCGCGUCGAUCGCCGGCGGCGCCGUGCCGAUCUGUGCAUAAACCAAAAUUUCACGGCGCGUUCGCGUCGUCGACGAAUUAUUUUGUCACAGUGAAGAAUUAUCGGCCCGACUCACUGGUUGAUUUAUGCACAGGUGCCGAUCGACGCGGGCUCGCUGGCCGAGCCGUUCUUCGCUCCCGACGCGAAGGCGUUCAUGCACGACGCCAAGGCCUUUGGCGCGCUCUCGCACUCGGUCAAGGUCGACGCGUCGAUGGCGGGCCAGUACGACGCCGUCUGUUUGUGCGGAGGCCACGGGACGUGCGUGUUCUGUGUGGAAAUCGAGUCGCGUGAGUCGCGUCGACGGCGUCACACAGGUGCGUCGACUUCUACGGCCCCGCGGCGGCGGCGCUGAAGGCCGUCGUCGAGGGCACAUACGCCGCCGGAAAGGUCGUCGGCGCGGUCUGCCACGGCCCCAUCGGGCUGAUCGAGGCGACCAAGCCCGACGGCACGCCGCUCGUCGCCGGCCUCGAGGUCACGUGCUUCUCUGAUGUCGAAGAGGAGCAGGUGGGACAGACGGAGGCCGUCAAGCCAUUCUCCGGCUCGAACGAGCAGGGCCUCACGGGCAAGGGCGGCAAGUACAGCAAGGGCGACCCGUGGACGUCGCACGUCGUCGUCUCCGGCAACUUAGUGACUGGCCAGAACCCGCAGUCGGCCGAAGCCUUCGCGGAGGCCGUCGUCAAGGCGCUCGCGUGA